GCUGUUCCCAUUCUCAUUCCUUCUUUGUUUGCUGGGUCAGGGGAGCUCUAAUCAGAGCUCCGAACACAAGACCGGCCAUUCUCUCAUAUCCUCCUCCAACUCCCAAGCUCUCGCGGUUAGAUGGAAGGAGUAUGAGUGUUGUAUAUAAACUUACCAUAUUGAUCUCAAAACCAGAGGUCACUAGGUUUACUUCCCGUUUCUACAUAGCUUGCACUCUUAUCUGAAAAUAGUGAGCAUCAUGGGAGAAGUGGCAGUAAUGCACUCCGAGCCUCUUCAAUUUGAGUGCAAUGACAGGAAGCUUAUCACGGAGAAAGAUGUGCAUAAUCUACCCUCAAAUGAAGAGCGCAUGCAUGGCGAAAAGUCUAGCCAAUCACCAGACCACAAAAAGAUCAAUGACUUGCGAGAGAGAGGAUAUAUGGAGUAUGGAUGUCAACAUUACCGGAGAAGGUGUCAUAUCAGGGCCCCUUGUUGCAAUGAGAUAUUUGAUUGUCGCCAUUGUCACAAUGAGGCAAAAAACAGCAUCGACAUCGAUCAGAAGCAUAGACACGACAUUCCCCGCCAUCAAGUCAAACAAGUGAUAUGUUCACUAUGUGAGACUGAACAGGAGGUUCAGCAGAACUGUAUCAAUUGCGGCGUGUGCAUGGGCAAGUAUUUUUGCGGGACAUGUAAGCUCUUUGAUGAUGAUGUAUCUAAGCAGCAGUACCAUUGCAGUGGUUGUGGAAUUUGCAGAACUGGAGGGUCUGAAAAUUUCUUCCACUGCUACAAGUGUGGUUGUUGCUACUCAACUUUGUUGAAAAACGGUCACCCUUGCGUGGAAGGAGCAAUGCAUCAAGAUUGUCCUGUUUGUUUUGAGUAUUUGUUUGAAUCUGUCAACGACGUCUCCGUGUUGCAUUGCGGCCAUACAAUCCAUAAGAGCUGUCUGAAUGAAAUGAGGGAACAUUUUCAGUAUGCAUGCCCUUUGUGCUCAAAGUCAGUUUGUGAUAUGUCAAAGGUUUGGGAAAAAAUUGACUUGGAACUGGCUGCUACACCGAUGCCUGAACCAUAUCUUAAUAAAACGGUUUGGAUCCUUUGCAAUGAUUGUGGCGAAAAUUCUCACGUCCAGUUUCAUCUUGUUGCACAAAAGUGCUUGAACUGCAAAUCUUAUAACACAAGACAAACCAGAGGCUGAACACGUGGUUAUUAUGGUUAUCUAUUGAUUUCAUGGAAUGAUUUUUCACUCCAUUCUUAUGAAGAUAGUGGCUACCCACGUACAUCUCUGCAUUGAAUAUGAGGAAAAUGCAUGAGUUGAGUGGGAAUUUCAACUACAAAUUGUAACUUCAUUGUGCUUGCUGUUGCCGGUUGGGGGUAACUAAUUGGAUUCACCCCCUUGUGUUCCAGUUUUCACAUUGUAAUGUUUGUAUGGGAUAAUUUCAAGUUUUGAAUAAGCUUUGUUACUUUGAUGAGCACAUAGUCCCUUAAUAACAAUUAAAAAUCGGGUUGUAAUAAAUGUGUGGACCACAGUUCUUUUUAUAAA